AUGAUCACGCUGAUGCAGGACAAUCUGGCCCGGCUGCAGGCCCUUCCGCUGAUUACCGUCGCCUACAUCGAGGGCAUGGCGCUGGGGGGCGGUGCCGAGCUAGUGACCGCCUGUGACUACCGCCUCUCUCGGGAGAACGCCAUCAUCGGCUUUGUGCAGGUGCGCAUCGGCAUUACCACGGUGUGGGGCGGCGGCGCCCGACUGGUGCAGCUAAUCGGCUACCCAAAGGCGCUCAACCUCAUUGCCACUGGGCGGACCUUCUCCGGCAUCGAAGGCGCUCGCAUGGGCUUCAUCGACCAGCUGCUGCCCUCGGUGGAGACGGUGAUCAGCAACGCCCACCAGACGGCGCAGCUGCAGGCGAAACCGCCCACCUCCUACUCGGUGGCCCACCACCAGGCGGAGGUGCUGCAGAAUGCCAGGCAGUUUCUGAUGCCCUUUCUGGUGCUGCCCAAGGAGACGAUGCUCACGGGGAAGGCGGUGGCCAGUGAAAGUCGCCCCAAGUUGGAUGACGCCCUCCAAGCUGAGUUGCAACACGGACUCAAGGUCUGGGGUGGCCCCAUUCACCAGAAGGCACUGUCGGGCAAGGUGAAUCACAAACGUGACAACUGA